AGCUGAACAUCUUUUCACUGUUGUGAAAAGUCGGGGGAGGUAAAGUGUCAUGCGGCUUGACAGUGUGAUUUCACACGUUGCAUUCUGCAGUUCUGAAAGUUGCCCUCAGGGUAUUAAGCCAAGUAGAGUCCUUUGGUAUCAGAGAACGCCUGGCAAAAUGAACUAUACAUGCAACGACUACGCAUCUCAAAUCUAUCCACUUCCUCCCAUGUACAGUAUUGAAAUGUGUGUGGCUUUGGCAGGUAAUUUAUUUGCUCUGUGGCUCCUGUUGGUGAGAGAAAGACGGAACUGGCACACGGGAGUCGUGUUCUCCUGUAACCUGGCCAUCUGCGACGUGAUUUACGUCCUAACCUUGCCUUUGCUCAUCAUUUACUAUGUCAAAGAGAAGCAAUGGACAUUCGGAGUUGCCGCGUGCAAAAUCGAACGUUUCCUGUUCAACUGCAACCUAUAUGUCAGUAUUUUCUUCAUCAUGUGCAUCAGCGUCAACAGAUAUCUUGCAAUCGUCUACCCAUUAUUCACUCGCAGCCACAUUCGUCCUAAACACGCGAUGAUCACGAGCGCUGUGGUGUGGCUCACAGUAGUCAUCACUUUAACACCAGUCCUUGGAUUUGCCGGAACGCAUGUUCGAGACAAUAAAACUCUUUGCGUUUCGUGUUUUGAAGACGCACUGGAUUCCUCCCAUUUUAAGUACACAGUGUUUCUCAUGGUUGUGGGAUGCAUGCUUCCUUUGCUAGUAACCUUGGCAUCUUAUCUGGGUGUGAUUUGGACAGUUCUGAAAAAUGAAAACAUUACCACGCUGGAGAAAAGAAAAGUAGCUCUUAUGGUCUCUAUAGUCUGUGUCCUUUACGCCAUAUCGUUCGUGCCUUAUCAUGUGCUGCAGACGUAUCGGGUGUACCUAAGAAUGAACCUUAUUUUUAAGUGCUGGGUGAAUUAUUCAUAUCAAGUGACAAAAGUUCUGGCCACCUUGAACAUGUGCAUACAUCCGCUUCUGUACAUGGCGGUUUUUGACAGCAUACGGACGACUUGCUGUGGAAAAAGCUCAGGCGAGUAAGCUGUGAG